UUUACACGUCGAGUCUUAAGUUAUGCCAAAGUUAUUAUUUUUCCUGUCUAAAUAAAGCAAAAAAUGCUGUACGGAAUUAUAUUCGGAAUCGUUACCAGUCUCGUUAUUUCUUUAUGUGGAAGCGAACUAUUGGUAACAUCAAUUUUCAUCACCCAAUCCAUUUCCUGCGCCGGAAUGUAUGCGUAAUUCGACGUGUGAUCUUUCUUCUGGAACUUGUGUCUGUCCAACUGGAAUGACUUUGGACUAUGAUGCAGCCUCCUGCCGUUUUGCACGUAUUGGCGAGAACUGUAGUUCAUCAGUGGAAUGUGAUCAAUCUCAAAGGUUGACCUGUGGUGGGAGUGGUUCAUGUGUUUGCGAUCCGGACAAAACGGUCAGAAAUGGGGGCAGAUUCUCAGUCCGGAAUUAUCAAAUGAGAGGGUCAAACUUUGAUGUAGGACUUGGUCUGUGUCUUAGCAAGGUCGGGACUUUCUGCAAGGUCACAACGUCCCCCAACUCCUACUACGCACCCCACCCGGACAACAAGUACUGUGUGGAAGGAGCCCGUUGUAGUCACGAGGGUGAAUGCCUCUGUGAAAAUCCUACCUGGCAGGUCACGAGGGAUAAAAUUUGCGGAAAGUCGUACAAUGAGACGUGUUCCAUAUUAAUACCAUGUAGUGAUCAUUUAGUUUGUACAAAUCUUGGAGAAUCCUCUGAAAUGAGAUGUCUAUGUCCUAACGAGGCAUAUCAAAUUUAUGACGCGUCCGUGACAUCAAACAACCGAUUUGGGAGCUGUCGUGGCCUCACGCAUACACCUUGCGAUCCAGCCGAUGAAAACUCCUGCGUUGAGAAUGCUCAUUGUGCUGAACAGGCGAAAGGGUACAAAUUCCUCUGCCAGUGUAAACCGAAUGCUGACCAGAAGUGUGCCAUAAUUAAGCACGGUGAACCAUGCGACUAUAGUAAAAAUUAUGCCCGUUGUGACAACAGAGCUGGUCUACAGUGCCGAAUUUUACGAAAAGUCGAUCCCACGGACAAUCUAACGAAGUCAGUGUCGUCCUGCAGCUGUCCAAAUAUUAAUGAUGUUUAUGACGCUGCGCUUAAUAAGUGUGUCAGUCAAAUCGGGGUAGCAUGCAGUGAAAGCAAAACUUGUGGAGGUGACGCAACCUGCUUGAAACCCCGCCCUGAUGCUAACCAGACUGGAAAAUGCGGAUGCAAAGAUUACUUACGAGUUGUCAUGGUGGGUCUAGGGUAGCUCGUCGAAAACAUGGUCGUCGAAAGAGUAACUCGUCGAGGACGAGUCGUCUGAAGGGUAACUCGCCGUUUGGGCAAGUGGUCGAAAAUAAUACUUGUCGAGAGUAUUUUUUUAAUAAAAUACGAUUCUAAAUAUAAAUUAUAAUUUUAUAAAAUAAUAUUUACAUGAGAACUCUCAGCAAGAACGCCAAACCGCCUGUUCCAGGCCUCCACUGCAUUAUUGGUUCUGGAAAUAUUAUCUAAUACACGUUGGUGCACAUUCCAGAAGAGUAUUGGAAUCAUUGGUGCAUCGUACACCGAUGUAGGUUUUUUGAACAUAACUAAAAAAUUCAUCCAGUUCGAGUUUAGUUUGACCCUUAAAAUUGAACGAUACUUUCAAUUCUCGCAAUGCCACUCUUAAAUCAUCGGGCUGAACAAAUGCGAGACCGAAUAUUUUUUAUAUUAAUAAUGCCAUUGUAACGUCUUGGUCGUACUGGUUGUUUAAAUUGUGUGCCAAAUGUCUAAACAACGCUUGAGUAUAGUGAAAAUGACACCCGUGAAGUACGGCGUCUGGAACGUGUCGUGUACAGCUGUAUAGUGUUUUAAGUAUUUUAGAAUGUCCGCAGCGUAUAUCUGUCCCACGAUGCACAUGUAUUGUGCAUACUUGUGAACUCAUUAUAUAGGUAAAAUUAGUAAAGAUGUUGCAUGAAAUUCGAUGAGUUUUAUGCCACCUAAAUUCGACGACUUGCCUUUCUGACGAGUUUUCCGUUCGACAAGUUGAUUUCGACGACUUACCUUUUCGACGACAUAGGAUUCGACAAGUAACCCGUAUCCCGUCAUGGUUGGCGAUACUCCUAAAUGCAGAGCUGAUACUACAGAUGCUAUAAUCUUGUAUGAGGACGAUGACUGAAAGCGUUUAAAUACUUAGGUAUGCAUAAAUAUUCACGAUGAUCCAAUGAUAAGAACUAAUAAUAAUAAUAACUAUUUAAUAAACCAUGGUAAUGUGAGAAGUAUGUAUGUAUGUAGCUCGUUAUAGUGCUUAAUUAGAGUGCGUAUUUUGAGUUAAAAAUUUAAGCUUGGUGGUGUACUUACAACGAGGAAAGGUGUUUGAUGAAAUUUGUACUUAUGUAAAUUCUAAAUAAAAGUUACGCAAAAUUUACUCAACGUUAACGUCGAGUCAAAAUGAGGGUAAUGCAACAAUUGGGUAAGAUAAAUACAUUUAAUUUUACCCCACGUUAUUUAGAGUACACCCUUCUUGCAUAUGGCUAAGCUUUCUGGAUACGGUUCAAUUAGAGAAGAUUGGUUAUUUUUCAAUCUUGUCUCCUCUUUGCUCCCUUUCAAUGUGUAAAUACUGUAUUUGAUUUUUACGUGAAAGCUGUAUGCAUCACCAAUAAUUUUCUUAAAAUUCGCAUGCCAGAAAACUGUGCAUAUUUGAAUUGGGAACAAGCACUAAAUAUGUAUGAAAUAUGUAUGUAUACAUAAAUAAGUUGUCGUAGCACAUCUGCACAUCAGAGUGCGUCUUUCACAUAAUUCGUUGUCUUUAUUAUUCUCAUAUUUAAAUAUGUAUUUACAUAUGCAAAUUCAACAUAGAUUAGUUUCUGAUUGGAUAAUAAAUACUUAUUUGACAGACAAUAGAACAAGUAACGUACUUGUUCUCUGUAAUCGAACAGCGUGACUUGAAAUUAAUGAAAAUGCAGCAAGUAUAAAAGAAAACUAUUGGGAUUGUGUUUAUGUCAUAGAUAUAAUUUAAUAUAUCACAACCAUUUACAUACGUAUAAUAAAAAAUGGUUUAUUCCUUAA